AUGUCAUUAAACAUUCUACACUCUCAUUCAACUCUAUAUGGUCCUCCGUUCAGAGUAAACUUCCUAAGAAUAUAUUUAACUUCACUAUCCGGUAUAUAAAUAACACUCUUCCGACUCGCAAAAACCUUCUGAAAUGGGGAAUAUCACCAACAUCCGAAUGUUCGUUUUGUUUGAAUCCAGAAUCACUUCUUCACGUCGUCGCUGGAUGCAAGACCUACCUAAAUGAAGGACGUUUCACGUGGCGUCAUGAUUCGGUGCUUAACUUCAUAGCAUCCAUACUUAAAUCUGUGAACCAUUGCAACCUUUAUGCUGACCUUCCUGGCUAUAUCAGUCCAUCUGUUAUCACCGGAGAUGAAUUGCGCCCUGAUCUUUUAAUAACACUUGAAAACAAAUGUAUUUAUAUACUUGAACUUACCGUCGGAUUUGAAUCUAAUCUCCUCACUAAUGCAACUCGAAAAAGACAAAAAUAUCAAGAUCUAAUUAACGAACAGCUCAAAAAUUAUGAAAAAGUAAAAUUUGUAAAUUUAUCGAUUAGCUCAUUAGGAGUUUUCAGCCACCCGUCGCUAGAUUUCACCGAAAUGCUGAAGGAUCUAAAGUUUGAUGAACAAUGUAGAAAGUACUAUGUUCGGAAAAUUAUUAACAUAUGUAUCAGGUCCUCGUAUUAUCUAUUCUGUAAGCGUAACAAAGAAUGGGAUAACCCACAACUAAUGUCAUACUAA